UGUUAGUUGGGGGUGUUUUGAAUUAGGUUAUUUUAUGAAUAAUGUUUGUUUACUCAAUCAUAUAAUGUAUGAAAAAAUUUAUUGACCUGAAUAUAAGUUGAUCUUCGUGAACCAUGGGUGUUGGAUUUUCUGCAAAUAAGAUAGUCUCAAGUGUUACCGAGUACGUAUCUGGCGUAAAAAGAAAACGUGAACAUAAUGAAGACGAAGAAAUUCAAAAAGUUAUUGACAUAGCUUUACACACACCUAAAAGGAAAAAGUUAGAAAGUACCACAAAAUACAUAUAUCAAGCUUUAUUCGAAGAAGGAAAAAAUUCUGAUGUAACAGUGUGUGCCUUAGAUGAGGAGUUUCACUUACAUAAAAUUUAUUUGUCGCAGAGUCCGUAUUUUGCUAGUAUGUUUGGAGGUUCAUGGAAUGAAUCUACCAAGAAUUAUAUCAGUAUUGAUGUAGUAAAUCCUCUCAUUACCAUUGAAUCUCUAAGGGUUGUUUUUGGAUCAUUAUAUGAUAAUGAAAUAAUAUUGAACCCCCUUAGUAUUGUACCAAUAUUAGCAACAGCAACAAUGUUCCAACUAGAAACACUUAUAGAGAAGUGUACUGAAGUCAUGUUAGAGACAAUAAAUCCAAAAACCUCAUUAGAUUAUUUUAAUGCAGCUUGUCAGUAUGGUGUUAUAAAACUUCAAGAAGUAUGUUUCAAAUGGUUUCUGGUGAACUUGAUGACUUACUACUUCACACAUCCUCUCACAAACCUGAAGACUAUACCAAUUGAUUUGAUGGAAAAAUUAAUAUCACAUCCAGACCUCUUUGUAAUGCAAACCGAAUACUCCAUAUAUGUUAUGUUAAAAUAUUGGAUGUACCUCCUCAUGAACAAUGACUGUGCAGUUGGAGAGAUAUCUAGUAAAACAAUAAAUUCAUACUUUUCAUCCAGAAAAGGUGAGUUAACUAGUAUUGAGGAAAUUUGGCAUUGUUACAGCUCUCAGUAAUGCAAGAGACUCUUU